AUGGCUUCCGAAUUCAUUGGAUACAAUGUUCUUGUGACUCUGAGAACGCCGCCCAAUGCAACCAUCCAAGGAGUAGUGGCCGACGUCAUAGGCCAACGUCUGAUGUUGCGAGAUGUCGCACUUUCGUGGAGCACUCAAAAAUUUCCCACUUAUUCCCUUGAUGCUGCCGACAUUGCCGACCUCUCUCUUGGACCGACCCCGAAGGCACCCCCGCAAAAUCAGCAGGCAGGGAGGGAGAUUCAGAAUAUAGCUCGUGCUGCCCCCGCAGUCCCGGCGCAACAACCCUUUGUCGACCCAGCCAUCCUGAGCUUCUCGAAGCCGCCUUCUGAGCAGUUUGGUCACGGUGUAGGACCCGGAUGCCCGCAGUUUCAACCCACUCCGAUCGACCGACUAAGCUCUCCAGCAUCUCAAAAUCUUCCACCCCAGCAGCAAAUCCACCGUGAUGAAUCUGCAGUUCUGACAGAGCCAUUCAGCAACUUGGAACUGGAUAUAGAUAGCAGGACAAAGGGAACUCGCAAUACGCCGCGGGAGAACGAGCUACAUGGAUCUGUUCCCAGUAUCAAGGAUGGAUUUGCUUCUACACGCACUUCCGCCCAGGCCAACGCGAGAAGUGGUCGUAGCAUUGGCCCGAAUAAGCCACAGCGUGCAGGACUGACCCCUGUGAACGAGCACGAUGGUGCGACGAAUACGAACCCAAAGACCCGAGGAUGGCGCCAAACUGCCUUUGUAGAGCCUGCCAGUCCACAAAAGUACAGGGAAAAAGAGCCUAAUUCACGGCGUCGGAAGAAGAAGAACCGCGGUUCUUUUGCCGAGGAUCCUAAUGGUUGGGCGACAGAGGAUGCAACCGACAUUCAAGAGCUGGGUGAUUUCGACUUCCAGAGCAAUCUCUCCAAAUUCGACAAAAGAAGAGUUUUCGAAGAGAUCCGAAAUGAUGAUACCACGGCAGAUGAAGAACGCUUGGUCAGCUUUAACAGAAGGGUCCCCAAGCCGGGCACGAAUGGUGGAAAGAAUCUGCAUUGGACCGAGAAUGUGCUUGACAGUCCUCAGGGAAGUGAAACUGGAGAUUCUGAUCAGGAACCGAGCGAUGCAAAGUUGAGCAGCGGAAACUAUUCAGGGCGCGAGGCCUCAAGGGUGGCACGAGGGCAGAGCCGGAAGGGAAGUGGUAUUCUAGGACAACCCUUGAUACCCCCCCAGAUCAAUUCUUUUGGGCGUGGGCAACUCAGCGCUUCCCGUACUACCAGUCCCCGUCCUGGGAGCAAGGCUUCUGUCUCAGCCUCUCCAAUCAGCGGACCCGGUGUUCCGGGAGCUUCCUUACGUCUCACUACCACCAAUAGAAGUUGCCCGACUGUGAGCCCACUACAGGCACUUGAAGUCGAGCAAAUAGCGGUCGCCGAACUUGGUCUGACUGAAGAUAUGAUCACGGAAAAUGCUGGAAGAAGCAUUGCGGAAGCCGCCGUUGGCCUCCUGUCUAGCGAUGCCGCUGCACCUACCAUGCUCGUGUUGACAGGCAACCAUCGCACCGGAGCAAGGGCCGUAUCUGCUGCACGUCAUCUCCGUAAUAGAGGCCACCGCGUGACAGUCUGUAUGCUUGGUAUUGAGCAUGAGAAUGAAUUACUUGAAAGCUGCCGCAAGCAAAUUGAUGUUUUCAAGAAGAUUGGUGGUCGUGUGCACAGAUGGGAGGAUCUGUCGGCGCGGCUUUCAACCUCCGAAUUUAGCCCUGAUCUCGUUCUGGAUGCUCUGUUCGGUAUUCAUAUUGCCUUUGAUGAUCUUCGCACCGACAAUCAAGCUGUGGCUUUUGAAAUGAUUGCCUGGGCCAACCGAAGCAAUCUUGAAGUUCUGUCUGUCGAUGUUCCCUCUGGUAUUUCAGCUUCGAGUGGUGAAAUGACAGUAAUGGAAGGCGGCCGGGUGUGUAUCGGUUCUAAGUCGGUGGUGUGUCUUGGGGCUCCGAAAACUGGAAUUAUUAAUGCACUUCUUGCCGGGGAGGGCCUUACUUGGAGUCUUUCUGUCGCAGAUAUAGGAAUCCCUCAGAUUGUGUGGAGGAAGUAUGGGACACGCCGCCGACACGGAAUUGACUUUGGCAAUCGCUGGGUGACACGGCCAGAACAUCAACCCGAUAAACCUCCAUCGCCGAAAUGGGGAAAGAUCACACAUUCCGAAUGGGCAUCAGGAGAUGCCUACUCUGCGAGUGCCGGAGCAGGAGGAGGGAGAGGAGGCAAUGUGCCGUUUAAGCGUCUUCCUUUCAACUUCUGUUCUCUCUCAUUGCAGCCAUUCGCGCAUCCGGUUUGCACGCCUUCGGGGACGAUUUUCGACCUCACCAACAUCCUCCCUUGGAUCAAGAAACAUGGAACGAAUCCGGUGGACGGCUCCCCGCUGAAGAACUCCGAUCUCAUUAAGCUCACUCUUGCGAAGAACGAGGCGGGCGAAUACGUCGACCCAGUAACUUAUAAAGUCUUGACGGACAACACACAUAUUGUCGCUCUGCGCAAUACAGGGAAUGUUUUCGCUUGGGAUACCGUUGAGCGGUUGAAUAUCAAAGGCAAGCUGUGGCGCGAUCUCGUAACGGAUGAGGAAUUCGGCCGCAAGGACAUCAUCACGUUACAAGACCCGCAGAACAUCGAAUCUAGGAAUCUUAGCUCGUUCAAUUAUCUGAAGGAUGGUGAAAGUGUGCCUGGGAAUAAGGAGGAAGAGUCUAAUGUCAACGCAAACGCUUUAGGAAGUUCAGCGAAGAUCUUGAAGGCGAAGGAAGCUGUGGCUAAGGCCCGUUCAGAGAGAGCGCAACGCGCUGGCUCUACUGCUGUUGCUAAGGCUGAUGGCAGUACGGCCACAGCUUCUCGAUCUAAAACGGCCUCGUUCCAGUCUGGAAAACCGACGCCAUAUAAUGCAGCCAAACAUACGACUGGUUUGGCCGCUGCAUCAUUCACCAGCACCGGUGUUACCCCACAUACCUCUGCCGAGCUGGCCCUCCUUUCCGAUGAAGAAUACAUGUUAAAACGGGGCCGUGUCAAGCAAAAGGGUUAUGCUCGUAUUUCAACUACGUCAGGCGAUAUAAACCUAGAGCUACAGACUCAAUACGCCCCGAAAGCCGUGUGGAAUUUCAUCAAGUUGGCGAAGAAAGGUUAUUAUAAAGAUGUUACUUUCCAUCGCAAUAUUAAGGGCUUCAUGAUUCAGGGCGGAGAUCCUUCGGGCACCGGCCGCGGAGGUGAAAGCAUUUGGGGUCAAUACUUUAACGAUGAAUUUGAGGGGCCUCUAAAACACGAUUCUCGGGGAACUCUCAGUAUGGCCAAUAAAGGCAAGAAUACGAAUAGUAGCCAGUUCUUUAUUGCGUACCGCGCUCUCCCUCACUUGAACAACAAGCAUACUAUCUUUGGUCAUGUAAUUGACGAUCCGACCCCUUCAGCCCCCACGCUCAAUAACCUCGAAACCCACCCAGUCAAUACCUCUACUAACAGACCUACUCCGGACAUACGCAUCAAAGACGUUAUUGUUUUCGUGGACCCGUUUGAGGAAUUCUUGAAGCAAAAACAGGUGGAAGAGGCGUCAGGAAAGAACAAACAAGCCGAUCCGACAGAAGAAGACCAGAAUGCUCAAGAAGAGGAAGAUAAUCAAGUUACUUGGACAGGAAAGAGGGUUCGGGGCUCGGGGGUAACAGGAGCAGGCGGAGAUGGAGUUGGGAAGUAUUUGAAGGCUGCGCUGGCUAACCAAGCUGCUCAGGAAGAAGACGAGAUUGUGGAAUUUGUAGGUGAAGAGCCUGAGCCCGAACCGAUGCGAAAGAAGUUCAAAAACAAGGGAGGAUUUGGAGAUUUCAGUUCGUGGGACUAA